UAAAUAGAAACCCACCUAUUCAUCUACAUUCAAAAAAUUUCAAUAACUCCCCAAUCAUUUAACUUGUGAUGGAAUCAAGAAGGGAAGGAGUGGUGUUUGAGGAUUUCUUUCCUACAAUGAUGGAGAAGUUAGGGGCAGAUGGGUUUAUAAAGGAGUUGUGCAAUGGGUUUCGUCUGUUGAUGGAUGAAGAGAAGGGAGUGAUCACAUUUGAGAGCUUGAAGAUGAAGUCAGGGUGGUUGGGUUUGAAAGAUAUGGGUGAUGAGGAGGUAAUGUGUAUGAUUAGAGAAGGUGAUUUGGAUGGAGAUGGAGGUUUGGAUGAGAUGGAGUUCUGUGCCCUUAUGUUUAGGUUGAGUCCUGCCUUGAUGAGAGAUUCGCAUGAAUUGUUGGCUGAAGCCAUUGAUAUCAGUUUUGAAGAAAUGUAGGUUAUAUUAUGAUCUAUAUAUGUUCUUGUUGCUCUCUAUUGAUUUCAAUGUAAUUCAGUUUCUAGUUUUUAGUGGAAUUGCUAUCUUCAUCUCUUUUUCA